AAGAGCGAUGCGAUGCAAGUAAGUGAAAGGUACGGUGCUUGAAGUGUGUUGUCCUGGGGUGGAAGAACAAGGAGGGGAGAUUUGCAGUUGGUGCACCAGUAUGUGACGUCAGCGGCUUGUUGGAUUGAGGUGCUUUGUCCUGCUGAUUUAAUCCCAACUCAUUAAGGAACUGCGAGCAAGUGUCUGCACAGCCGCUCCGGGGAAGAGAAAGUGACAGGAGACGGAAAGAGCACAAAACAAUCCAUCAACGGAGAUAAGUGGAGCUUAUUUAUGACUUGAAGACACAAGAAGGAGUGUUUUAUUCUUCCUUUUUGAAGCUUGCGAGCUUCAUUACAUUCUUGGUUCUAAAGCUCUUUACUUUUUUUUUAAUCGUGUGGCUUGGUCAAGCAUGCCCACAAACGGAAUUAACAGAGCUCUGAAGCUCCAGUUUGGCCUCAUCAACUAUGAAAACCGCUACCUAACGGCGGAGGCCUUCGGCUUCAAGGUGAACGCCUCAGGCACCAGCAUGAAGAAGAAGCAGAUCUGGACCUUGGAACACGACGAGCACGAUGGCCAGGUGGUGUUCCUUCGCAGCCACCUGGGGCGAUACCUGGCUUCCGACAAAGACGGGAAGAUCACAUGCGGGGCCGAAAACCCUGAUCCGGAGUGCCGGUUCCUGAUUGUUCCCCAGUCUGAUGGUCGCUGGGCGCUGCAGUCGGAGCCUUACUUGCGUUACUUUGGAGGCUCGGCCGACUACCUGUCCUGCUUUGCCCAGGUGAUUGCGGAACAAGAACUGUGGGCCGUCCAUUUGGCUCUGCACCCACAAGCCAGUCUGCUCAGUGUGGCGCGGAAACGCUAUGCCCAUCUGUCCGCUUCUGACGGGGAGAUCUCCGUGGACAGCAACAUCCCCUGGGGGGUGGACUCUUUAGUCACCUUGGUGUACCAAGACGGCAAGUACAGCCUGAAAACCUGCGACAGCCGCUUCCUCAGCAAUGACGGCAAACUAGUGAAGGAGAACACCAACACCACCAGCUUCACCCUCGAGCUGAAAUCGGGCAAGCUGGCCUUCAAGGACUGUGACGGCAAAUAUCUGACCCCGGUGGGUCCGACGGGUACGCUGCGCUCGGGACGCUGCUCCAAGCCGGGAAAAGAUGAGCUCUUUGACCUUGAGGAAAGUCAUCCACAAGUAGUUUUUCAAGCGGCCAAUAAAAGAUUUGUCUCCGUCAAGCAAGGCGUGAGUAUUUCAGCCAAUCAGGAUGUGGAGACGGACAUGGAGACGUUCCAGAUGGAGAUUGACAAGAAGAGCAAAAAGUCCAUGUUCAGAACCAACGGGGGGUCCUACUGGACACUCGUGACCCACGGAGAGAUUCAGUCAACUGCAUCAGAAGUAGAAAUCAAUACAAUGUUUGACAUCGAGUGGCGGGGGCAAAGGGUGGCCCUCAAAGCAUGCAAUGGGAAGUACGUGUGCACAAAGAAAAAUGGGCAGCUCUCAGCAGUGAGUGAUGCUGUCGGUGAGUGCUGGUUGGGAAGGCUAUUUGAGCUGAUUGCUGAAAGAUACGGAUCUGACAGUGAAGUGUUCUCCCCUGAAGGAGAAGAUGAAUUAUUCCUGAUGAAGCUCAUCAACCGUCCCAUGCUGAUCCUCCGUGGGGAGAAUGGCUUUGUUUGUCACCACAAAAACUCCAACACCCUAGACGCCAACCGAUCUGUCUACGACAUUUUCUCAUUGAUCUUCAACGACGGCGCCUACAACGUCAAGAGUGUGAAUGGAAAGUUCUGGUACGUCUCCAGCAGUGGCCUCGUGUGCUCAGAUGGAGAAAAGCCAGAAGAUUUUUUCUUGGAGUUCCUGGAACACGGGCGCAUUGCCAUUAAGUGUUCUAAUGGCAAGUACCUUCGAGGAGACCAGGGAGGCACUCUGAUGGGUGAUCGCACUUCUGUUGAUGCAUCCUCUCUUUGGGAGUACUGAAACCUCAUGCCCCCCAAAAAAGGGUGCAAGAAGAUGAUUGAUGAGGUGAAGGAGCUGCUGCUAUCAGCUCACACACAGAGGGGAUUGGCUGGCUCACAUUUUCAUGCCUGUUUUUAUACCAGCAACCAGAUAUCCAAUCGUGUUUGUUGAAUUUCAAGGUUUAGGAAAGAAGUAUGGUUUCGUAUCCUGUUUUUGUCUUUCAGAAGACCACGCAGAUGCCAAGCUCAGAAAAUUCAUAGCUAAUCAGAAUGAAUGAAAAACCUUGAUCGUUAAAGUCAAGUUUCAAAUAAUGAUCAGUAAACUACCGAUAAUUGCUGAAACAUGAAGAAGGGGUAGGAUUACUAAUUGUCACUCCUUUUCGGACAGGUUGGAUUGUACAAGUGUAAACAUGUGAUGUUUCUCAGUGUAACUUGAUAAGCUUGUCCGAAACAAAUAAAACCAUUACCAUUACCGGUAGAUGAACGGGUACAUGGACAACAUGAUGUCUCAGAAGUACCUGAACUAGUGUUGCUGCCUAUUAAGAUGAAAUGCCUUUCAAAUCAAUGCCAUGAGUGGAAAAUAUCCACAUAUGCUCAUAAUUCCACUGGCAAAACAACAAAACAUAUUUCUGAAAAUCUAAGGCAGAGAGACAACACCUUCAACGCAUUUUCUCUUACGUAUUUGUCAUUUCCGCACGCUUCAUUUUAACACUGGUUCGUGUCUUUAAGUCCAUGUUGCAUUCACAUUCGAACGAAACCGCACCGACUUGUUUGCGGCUCACCAGGGUUCAGAUGAUCACGUUUACGUUUGGCCAAAUGAACCAUACUGGCACAGCGAAGUUCCUUUUGUGUGAAUGCACCCUAAAAUUAGUCAAAUAAAUGACACUAAAUAAGAAAUCAAUCAAAAAUGAUGACACAAAUCAAUCACAAUUAACCCCCGCCACCUUUGUUUACAGCUCUUUAUGUAAUUACAGUACGUGCUCAUGAAUUUCUGUGCUGGUCCCUGAAAUAUCGCUAUCAAGGCAAUGGUGGCCAAUGGCGUUUUCAUCUAUUUUAAUGGACCCUUUACAGCUUUCUAUAAAACACAGGAUGAAUCAUAUGAAGUGGACUUGCACAAAUGGACUGUGUAGUUGUGAUGCUGAGCAAUAGUAGAGUAUAUCCAAAGACAACGUGGCAGUAUCACUGAAAUAAACUACUUGUGAUGAAUAUUAAACAUGUGUGUUUGUAAAGAACAGAUCAAUAUUAACAACAAGCGGAAACCAAAUGAAAGAAGCAUUUGUUGAGGUAUUUAUCAUCCCUGUGUGUACCAGGUGGGAAUUCAUUAAACAUUCUACCUUGGGGCCUUAAUUAAAUAUUCCGCACUCUAUAGUACACCCCUUUAGGGAGACAUGGCUGAUUGGAAUACUAUAUAAAUAGCGAGUAAGGGAAGUACUGUUUUGUUGUUGGAGAUAAGGAGUGGUGUCUAGUAGGGAUGGGCCGAAUAAUCAUUUCAUUGAUUGUUGUGCUUGAAGCAAAACAGAGUGAAUUACUUGACUGCAGCCAGCAGAGGUGCUGUUGAUUCAAAGAGCUUGCAUGUCUGAAGAAGACAACAUGACGACAGCUAAGGGAGGCUGAGCUAUGCAGACCUCGGGGCAGCGUUAUUCUGCUCAAUACCCACUGGCAUUGAAACAAACAAACAUCACAACAUUCAAAUGAGAACGAAAGCUACAAAAAUAGCAAUUGUUCAUUUUGAGGUUAAUUGUGCCAUGAUAAACUUUCAUGCUUUAUACUUGGUACAGACAAUAGCAAGAAACUAGUCCGACAGUAGUUGCUUCAUUGCAGAUUGCUUGUUGUUAAGAGUUUCGCAUCACCACUAGCUUGGCUUGGCUAAAACUGACUGUCAAAACCCACACAAUUGUCAGUCAAAACUUCUGAUCUAUUCGAAUUUACAGCACGUUCACAUGUUCACAACUGGUGGUUUGCCUCAGAAAUUGCACAUUUGAAAUAUGAAUUCCAUAGAAAGUGGUGAGAAUGAGUCUACAGUAUAUAAAAAUAAUGCAUCACUGUUGAAAAGUGGGCCGCACGGUGGCCGAGUGGUUGGCAUGUUGGCCACACAGUCAGGAAAUCGGGAAGACUUGGGUUGGAAUCUCCUCUGUGUGGAGUUUGCAUGUUCUGCCUCCACUUUCCAAAAACAUGCAUGUUAGGUUAAUUUGUGACUCUAAUGUGAGUGUGAAUGAUUAUUUCUCUGCCACUUCUCGCCCAACGUCAGCUGGGAUAGGCUCCAGCAUAAUCCUGCGACCCGAAUGAGGAUAAGCGGCAUAGAAAAUGGAUGGAUGGAUGUUGAAAAGUGUGGAUUCGGUGACGGUUAAUGACUUGUUAAGCCUUGCAAAGAUACUGGAUAACUUGCAUACUGUCCAUGUAAUUGCAAAACAUUUUGAAUGAAUUCUCUGACACUAUAAAUGAUAAAUGUAAGAAACCAACAUGGCUUUACUUUAUUUCCCUACAUAAUAAUUGGUCUUCUGAUCUUUUAGUCAGGAGAUUAUGGUACCAAACAUCACUGGACUGAAUUUUCUACCAAACGUUCCCAUUUCCUACACUAGGUGGCAGUGCGUGCCUCCUGUAGUUAAGUCAUUUGCAUACACAGCCAGGUUCCAAGUGCUCAGCAAUCAAGCCAGCCUUUUAGAUUCCCAGCACGCUCACUGCCUGAUCCUCCCCUGACAUCUGUUGGCACUUUCAGGUGGCUGUCAUGGUUGGGUACCGCAAUGGCGGCGCUAGCGUUGGAACAUACAAAAUCCCGCCUUGUUCCUGCUCAGAGCAUGCCAGCCACACCCCACGUAACACCCACAUUAUUGAUGUGAAACACCACUGAUUUCUUUUCCCAUCCGAUACUGAAUAACAGUCAGGUUGGUAUCAGCGAUACCAACUACUGUACAUCUAUGUGUCUGGUACAUUUUAAAAAGUAGUGUAUUUCAAAUCAUAGCAUAGCUCAUAGCAUCUUAUUUGUUUACAACAGAGGACAAAAUCAUAUAAAACGUGAAAAAGGUAUUUUAGACAAUAAUAAUAAUAAUAAAUAAAACCAUUAAAAUGUAUUAUUAAGACCUACAGUAAGAAUGAAAACUAGUUCAAAAUUCACACAUGGCACCGUUUACGAUCAGCCAUGUGUACACAACGGGCAUGUGCCUGUGCACGAAAUGUGUAAUCUUGCAAGAUCUUCUGACACCCCUUCUAACGAAGGUGACACCACGAUCGUUGGCUGGCAGAGGCCCCACUCCAUUGUCUUCUAACGGCAUCAUCAUUUCACACCACAAAAGAGUGAAACCACUCCUGUCUGGACGUCCCUCCUCCUUUAGAGGAUAAUUACUUUGAAUCUUGCACCAAAUGUUUCAGACCAGAGCUGUCCUAUCUAGUCAGACUAGUGUUUGUCCCAGAUCGUCAUUGUGCAUGAACUGAAGAAGCCCGCUCGGAUGAGAGGUGAAACGUCUUCUAAGACAAACACGAACAGUCCGGCUGUGAUCGAUUCAAUGCCCUGAAAAUACAAUGACCUUGAUGAAUGUGAAUGAUCGACGUAUUGGAAAACAGUAACCAUAAAAUAUUCAUUCAUUGGUCAGUUGCUUUUAUGAAGCACUUUAGCGAUACUUUCGUCAAAGGACGCCACAUUGCACAUGCCCAAUGCUUACAAGUCAUACGUUUGCAAUCAGAUGUGUGUCGAGCGUGCACAUCUGCUACUUUCACGGUGUGUAAUCAUUGCUGUCUAUAAUGACAUCCCCCCCAAUCACGUCACCUGCAGAGUUCAACUGUUUCAAGUGUCACCAUGCGCCUUGUUUGUGCCCACAGACAAAUUUGCUUCAUGAAGGACAUUUAAAUAAUAUGUACGCUUUACAUCAGGGGUGUCCGAACUUUUUCAACCGAGGGCCACGUACUGAAAUGAAAGAAUGCAAGGGCCACUUUGCUAUUUAGUAAAGCAACACAUAGAGAUAUGCUAAGAAGCUAUGUGUAGCUCCACAAAAAACUGCAUUUGACAUUUGCAAUACAGGUGAAAUGCUACUAAAAAUGACGUUUUUUCCAUAAUAAUAUGAAUUAAUUCCUGUAAAAUUGCGACUUUUGUUCUUCAUUCGAUUAGGACUUUUUGGAUAUUUUGACUUUAUUCCUGUAAAAUGACAGCUGUUUUUGUCCAUUUCUGCUGUUUUUUUUUAAAUGUUCCAACUAUUUCAUUUCAGCUUUCCUUUUCCGAAUUUUCUUCUCGUAAUUCUAACUUUAUUCCCAUAAUAUUUUUUAUCUUUUAAAAAGAAUCAUGUAUUUUUUCUUUAUUUCACCAUUGUUACUAAAAUGAUAUUUUUCCUCAUAUUACAAGUUUAUUCUCAUAAAAUUGCAUCUUUUUUUUCCAUUAGAAUUUUUUUUUCCUCUUAAUAUUUUGACUUUACUCUGGUAAAAUUUCUGUGUUUUUCUAUUUCUGAUGGUUUUUUUGUAUAAUUUUCCAAAUAUUUCAACUUUUUUCUUGUAUAUUUUCUUCUCCUAAUGUUACGUGUGAGUGCGCGGCGGACCACAAAGUGCCGCAGCAAGGUGAGUGGUGACAGUUCUUUUAAUAGUCUUAGGCGGGAGCAAACAGAAAGCGCUGGAGUCCGUGGGUAGCGGAACUCCAGGAAAAGGGGGUACACACAAAACAAAAUAUGCAAAAAGGCAGAACAGAGGGACAACUGGAGCACCCAGCUGUAGAGACGCCAAAACUUGCGAAGGCUAGAGUAGAGAUGCUGUGAACGCUCUGACCAGCAGCAAGGAAGAAACCGGCGUCUCACAGCUGCUCCUACUCAGGUAUAAGUAGGAGGAAGGAUAAUUAACUGCCGGUGUGUCCAGUUGUCCCGGCCCCUGCUGUGCGCCCAGCUGUGGGAGAGAGAGAGAGAAAAAGAAAGAACGAGGCGCAGCAGCAAAUGACCGUCACACCUCAUACUUUUACUUCAUUCUCAUUUUAUAAAUUUUCCCCCAACCUAAGCUUCCAAAAAUUACAACUUCAUUCAUUGUUUUUGACGUUAAAUAUUUCAACUUCAUGCUACUAAAAUGACGUUUUUCCUUAUACUCUUACUUGUGAAAUUAUGGCUUUUUUUCCUUGCUAGAUUACAAGUUUUCUCUUAAUAUUUUGACUUUUGAUUGAUUUUCCCAUUUUUGCUGCUGUUAUUUUUUCUUUUAAGUUUCCUUGUUAAAUUACAAUUUUAGACUGCGCUUGCGGGCUGAUAAAAUCACAGUCGCGGGCUGCAAAUGGCCCCCGGGCGGCACUUUGGACACCCCUGCUUUACAUAGUUUGUCAGGCAGUGUUUCUGGGUUAUUGUCCUUUCAACCAUUUACAAUGAAUACAACACUACUGUUACAAUACAACAUCUGAUGAUACAUUGUUGAGCUGUACUGUGUGUUCUAAAAUCAACUUGCAUUUGUCCAUUUUUCAGAUCCUAAUAUUAUUGCUUUCCAUACUUUUGCCAAAUAUUCAGUUCUUAUUGCAUGCAGACAUGUAUUUGCACGCAAUCUUGUUCAAAACUAUUCCAUACUAUUCCAGUCCAGAUGUGAUAGGCAGCAGGCCCAGUGCACAGUGUGUCCUCUCCUAUGGACGUGAUCACACCAGUGAGCCCACCCAUGAAUUCUAUCACUCUCAUUUAAUUAUUCAAGGAUCCGGAAUAUAAAAGGCUAUUGUUCAGUAUAGUGGUGUUAUUAAGAGCUUGCAUGUUUGGAUUGCACAAACUGUUUUCCCAGUCCACCCCUGAUUCAGUUUAACUCAUAAUUGUGAAGAAUAUACAUGUUUUUUUGUUUGUACAAUCUGUUCUCUGAAACCGCUAUUGGUAACAUAUCCUAGCCACUGCCGGUGUUCUUAUAUUUUUGUGCUGAAAAACGUGUCAUUUGAAGCCCAGGAGGGAUAGCACCUGAAAAUGCCCCCUGACACUACAGCUGCAGUAGCUGCGACUUAGAAAAACACAAUUUCCUUCUGGUACUUCUCAGCUAUCUUUUCAAGAGACAAUACCAAAGAACGUAAACUUAUGCUUCAGAGUAUGUCAGUGUACAGCUUGUGUAAGAGUAGAGAUGUACUACCCACUGAAAACGAGUCACACAUAACACAUUAUUGUCUAAAUAGCUGGCAACACAAGUCAGUAGCAAGAUUAUUGUGUGUGGACAGUCAAGCGUCAAGGUGUCUAACAUCCACCAGCUCCACCAGUGAUGUCAUCAUGGAGGACUGGAAAACGAUUUGACUAAAAACCAGUGGCUCAGGAGGUAGAGCAGCUCGUCCAGAAACCAGAAGAUCGGCGGUUGGAUCGUGGCUCCCUCCAUCCAGUCACUGUCGUAACCCACCUUGCCUCCAGUGCCGCCCACACUGGUUUAUGAAUGUGAAUGAAUGUUUGGUGGUCGGAGAGGCCGUAGGCAUGAAUUUGUAGCCAUGUUUCAGUCAGACUACCCCAAGGCAGCUGUGGAUACAGAUGUAGAUUACCACCACCACCAGUGUGUGAAUGAGUAAUGGGUUCGCUUCAUUGUGAAGCGCUUUGGGUGUGUUGAAAAGCGCUAUAUAAAAACUUCAUCGAAUUCUAGUGAAUUCCAUGCCCAAGAGGAUUAAGGCAGUCCUUACACAAAAUAUUGGACACAAUUUAGACAUAUUCACCGGGAGGCAAAUAUUACUAUUUCAACAAUAAUGGCUGUGUGUUGGCUUAUUUUCAUUUGAUAGUAAAUCUAUGCCCCUGUACAAGCUGUGCACGGACUACUCUAAAAUACUGUAGGGUACUUUCUGUAGCACAGUCCCUUGAGAACAUAUAAGAACAUUUUUACUUCACUUCUGGGAGAUGCUGUAUCUCAAUGAAAGGGCAAAAAGUCAUCCCUCCUUGAAGUCACAAUGGUUGAGAGCCUCACUUUGUUACUGAGCCACAUUUGAAAUCAUGGAUGGAUCUGGACAAAAUGGUUGACUAGAGGUAAACAUUCAUUGUGGCACAGGCAAGGUAAUCUUGUCUGCAAAUUGGUUUAUGCGAGGACGUUAGAAACUUUGACAAAGCACGCAAUCAAUGAAAGCUUUUAAGCAGACACGCGCAGAAGAUUUUAAUGCCCUUGAAACCGCUGCAGUGCCACAUUUCGGUGGUUACUCAGCAGUGAUGUGUGGCGAGGUUCAGGACUGGCGAGGCAUCGUCUCUUUUGAAUUCCGAGUUACACGUAGGCUCAGGUGUCGCAGGGUACUCUCUGGGCCAACGAAUGACACUUCUCUGCAGUUUAAUGUAUGAUGAGCAAAAAUAAUCGGUGUUGGGUAAAUUACCAAAAGUAAUUAGUUAUAGUUACGUUGUCAAAAAAGUAAUUGAAUAUGUAAGGGAAUUACUCCUGCAAAUUGUUACCAUUAUUGCCUCACUUUUUGAAAAAACGUCAAAUACGUUAAAUCAUUUGGAUGUAGCGAUGUAGUGGCUAUGCCAGUGAGAGAUAUUUCAUGGGAUAAAGGCUGAGGGCUGAGCUCAAGACUUGCAAUUCUAUACUAAACACCAGGGGGCAGUGCUUCCCUGAGAGUGAGCAACCACAACUCCAUUUAGCUUCCCGUGUAGUAGUCGUGAACAGUGUAGCAACAUCCAGAUCGUUGUUAGAUAGAAGUGCCUAAUAACACUUCAACGGCGGUAACGGCAUUGAAAUGUUAAAAUAAUAAUUAAUGAAAUAAAUAAUAGUAAGAAUUAAUUCGAUCACCCGUUAUAUACAGUGUUAUUUUUAAAUAGAUAAUCAUGUCACACACUUACAUUAAAGACUGUAUUCUGGCUUUCCAAAAUUAAAAUUCCAAAAUACAGCAAAUACACUCCUGAUCAAAAUCUUAGGACCAGUUGAAAAAUUGCUUAAAUUUGCAUUUUGCACAUUUGGAUCUUCAUGUGGUUUUAAGUCGAGCUACAAUAUGCAAAAACAAGAAGGGGGAGUGAAUAAAAGAAUUUGGAGCUUGUAAUUUAAACAAAAACGAAAAAAAUAGGUUGUUUAUCACCUGAUCAAAAGUUUAGGACCACAGGCUAUAAAAGCCAAAAUCUGCUCAAAAUUGUCAUUUUCUGUCAGGCAUUCACACUGUCAUGCCCUCCUGAUGGCUAAAGCUAAGAAGCUUUCUCUUUUUGAACGUGGUCGGAUUGUCCAGCUGCAUAAGCAAGGCUGCUGAGGAUGGGCGCAGUAAGUCAGUCAUUCUAAGUUUUUUUUAAAGAUCCUGAGCAUUAUGGAACAAAAAAGUCAAGUGGUAGACCCAAAAAAAUCACACCUGUGCUGAGCUGGAGGAUCCGAUUGGCUCUCCAUCAAGACACAGGGCGGUCUUCCACCCAAAUUAAGACCCUUACCGGUGGCGACUGCAGCGCAAUAACCAUCAGACGGCAUCUGCGGGAAAAGGGUUUAAAAAACAAAAAACAAAUUCAAAGACCUCAUCUCCUUCAACGCCACAAAACUGCCCAUUUAGACUUUGCCAGGAUGCAGGUGUUGCAUGACUGAGGGCCCUCGUCUGUGUGGUAACAGCUGGGUUCUUCAACAGGACAACGCUGCAGUUCACAAUGCUCGCUUGACCAAGGACUUCUUCAGGGAGAAUAACAUCACUCUUUUGGACCAUCCUGCAUGUUCCCCUCAUUUAAAUCCCAUAGAGAACAUUUGGGGAUGGAUGGCAAGGGAAGUUUAUAAAAAUGGCCAUCAGUUCCAGACAGUUGAUGCCCUUGGUGAAGCCAUCUUCACCACUUGGAGCAAUGUUCCCACUAGCCUCCUGGAAACACUCACAUCAAGCAUGCCCAAAGCAAUUUUUGAAGUGAUGAACAAGAACGGUGGAGCUUCUCAUUACUGAGUCCUACUGAGAACAUUUCUUGUUCUGGUUUGGAGAGUUUUUUGUUAUUUUUUUAGUGAUUGUCUUAAACUUUUGUUCAUCUGAUAAACAGCCUAUUUCAGUUUAAUUGUUGUUUUCAAUAAAUGACUUUUUCAAAGUGCUUUUUGUCUCACUCCCCCUUCUUGUUUUUGCA